AUGGCAGCUCAGGUCUGCAUUCUGAAGCCUUGUGGAGUCCAGUGGUAUGUCUCAGAGUGGAGUACAUGCUCUCGUUCUUGUAAUGGUGGCUACCGUGUACGUGAAGUGCGAUGUUUGACUAAUAACAUUGCCCCAAGCGAGAACUGUGACCCUCAAGAGAUCCCAAACGCACAAGAAGAGUGCAAGAAACAGCCUUGCCUUGAAGAUAUUGAUCUCCAGUGCAGUGACCAGUAUCACAAAUGCAUGGUGGUGGUUCAAGCUCGACUCUGCAUUUACCCUUACUAUAGAAGUGUCUGCUGUGCUUCUUGCUCUCGAGCCCAGAAAACAUUAUCUACCACUCUGCACAAGAAUAGGAUACGCCGGUGA